CGCCGGGGCGGGGCUGUGCCCGGUCCCGCCCCGUGACGCCCCGCCGGAAGCGGGCGCGGCGGGGCCGCCGGUGCCGGUGGCGGCAGUGCCGCCAUGGAGUUCCCGGACCUGGGCGCGCACUGCUCCUGGCCCGCCUGCCAGCGCCUGGACUUCCUUCCCCUGAAGUGCGAUGCCUGCGAGCAGAUCUUCUGCACCGACCACAUCGCUUAUGCCCAGCACGAUUGCACCUCUGCCUACAAGAAGGAUGUGCAGGUCCCAGUGUGUCCCCUCUGCAACACCCCAGUCCCUGUGAGGCGGGGGGAGAUGCCUGAUGUUGUGGUGGGUGAGCACAUUGACCGUGACUGCAAGUCUGACCCUGCACAACGCAAGCGCAAGAUCUUCACCAACAAGUGUUUGAAGCCUGGCUGCAAGCAGAAGGAGAUGAUGAAGGUGAUCUGUGACCAGUGCCACAAGAACUACUGCCUCAAGCAUCGGCACCCCCUGGACCAUGACUGCAGUGGGGCAGGGCAUCCCCUUUCCAAAGCAGGGCACGCUGCAGUUACCAGAGCCCAGGCAUCCUCCUCCAAAAUAGUCACUGCAUCAAGCAGCGGAGCUGCCCGGCCAGCAGACAGCUCCUCUUUGGCCUGUGCCAGGGGAGGCAGAGCAGCUGCGUCGCAGACUCACAGCACCUCCCCUCCAGCUGUCAUGCUGCAGAAUGGGCUGAGUGAGGAAGAGGCCCUGCAGCGAGCUCUGGAGAUGUCCCUGGCAGAGUCGGCACGCAGCUCAGCACAGCAGCCCAGCAGCACGCAGGAGGAGGAGGAUCUGGCGCUGGCCCGGGCACUGUCGGCGAGCGAAGCCGAGUACCAGCAGUCGCAGCGGCAGGCACACGGUUCAAAGCCAUCCAACUGCAGCAUGUCGUAGGCAAGGGAGGCGGGCUGGGCCAGCGCACACAGGAUCCUGCUUGUGACCUGAGGAGUGGCUCUGGCCUCCCACAUGGAUGCUGUGGGACUCUGCUACCAAGAGCCCCUUGCCAAGGACAGCUCAUCUCCCUGGGAGCUGUAAGCAAGCAAAUAUACACUGACACUUCAGCCCUAGUACCUAUAUGAAUUAGUGCAGCAAAUUGCUGAUGCUCCUGGGGAGGUGAAGAGUGUACAGGACGGGGCUGGGUACACACUAACCAAAGCAAGCAGCAGCCCAGGGUCUGCACUUACCCACAGUUGGCACAGCCACGUCCCAACACUGCUGGGACUGUGGAGCAAGGGCAGAGCUGUGGGGAUGUCUCUGCAUGCACAGAUAUACAGCUGGGAUGUAGCUGCCUUCUGUGGUGGGGGGCUGGAUUCCAUACUCUGGGGAGGGCUGUGCCAGCCCCUCAGCAAAGAGCAAAUGUGGCUGGGAUGGUCUCUUGCCUGGGCAUGGCAUGGCUGAAUGUGCAGCCUCCCGGCAGUGUGAAAGCAGCCCCUUCCCCGCUCCCCACAGCCUCGGUGCCUCCCUGCUGUUUGCAUGUACAAGAGCACGUUGGGCCUUACCCUGCUCGCCUGGGGCACAACACCUCUCUGAGACUGAAUGGAGCUCCAUUUCCUUUCUGGUUUAAUAGAAUAAGUAACCUUGGCAGUGACCUGAAUGGCAGCAUCGCUCACAUGGGAUGGUUGCAGCUGCCUUCCUGCUGCCCUAAACUUAAACAGGGCCCUGUUAUAUGCUGCUGGGGUAGGAAUGCCUCUGUUCUUCCAGUUGUGUUGCUGGGGAACCCCUCCUUACAAAGUCCUGAGCUUGGAGCCUGGUUGGGCGGAGGGGAUUUGUCCUGCUGGCCUCUUGCAGGGGGUCUGCAGCCAUGCAGAGCUGUGCUGCUUUCCCACCUGCUGCUGCAACCAUUCCUGCCUGCAGGGCUGUGCCUGGUUCUGCACAGGACUGGGCUGUCCUGCUCUGAGCAGCUGAGGGAGGGGGGGUUCAGGCUGGGUCCAGGGAAUGCUGAGACUUGUCAAAGUGCUGCUUGGGAGAAAAUAAAAGCAUAGCACAAGGUACAGAGGUACCUGAGGGAGCAGUCA